UAUGAAUAAUAUUCAUAUUAUUCAUAUUCGUGAAGAGCGAAUAUGAAUAAGGGCCAUAUUCGUAUUCAUUUAUUCAUUUCGGAGCUCUAUACAGACUACAGAAAGCUGGCCAUGUGGGGUACCAUGGCCCAGUCAGGGGCUGCUAAAUGUCAAGCGGACGAAUUCCCAAUGGGUAAUCUGUUGGAGGGACAAAAUCUAAAUUACCAGGUCGUUCGCUUGGUCAAUGGUGCUGCGAACGGACGUCAAGGCAACGAUUGGCAACAGUGGAAGGAGGCGUAUUAUUAUCCAUGCAGUGUAUAUCGACCGUCAUGUGGCCAUACAGACGCUCUCCCGGUGACUUGGGAGUUUGGAACUUUUGGGCUGGGAGACCCUCGAGCCGCCGCGCCGUCCUAUGGGAAACAUUUCAUCAGGAAAUACGGAUUUGACUCCCAAACACCAUACUCGUAUUGCUUUCCUACUUGUUCCAUGGUUUCAGCUCUCCCUAGCCUGUUUACAGCCGUGACAACAAGCUCAAUUACAUUGAAGACCACGGCUUCCGCGCUCUAUACAAUGAUCCAAUGUUCCUUUCCCCAUAUAACUGGCCAAUGUAUAAUUACAAAACCGCACAAGUUAUGACCCCGGGCGCCCAACACCCCGUAGGUGUCUUGAGCGACACCUGGCUCAAGAAGCGCGCCGUUCAAUCAAUGCUAAACGGCGAUCUUGAAGUCACUCCUAUUCCCGACGAAGAUCUCGAGAUUUUUACCGACGACGACAGCAGCAUUUACUGGAUGGUGAAAGAUGAUCUAGUUACCCGAGAGGUCUCGGGUAACGGUUCAGACCCUACCCACGCCUACCAGCGCUGACCCUGCUGCUCAAGUUAGUACAACUAUACCAGUGGAAACAGAGACAGGACGGAACCCGCAACACCACUACCGACGUUCGCACCGACACCAUAAUCGGAACAUGUAACGGUCAGGCGGAGUAUCGUGCCGGGGGUGUAAAUAAUGUCAAUCGAUCUAGCACAAUACUUAACUGCAC